GGGGGGGGGAGGGGAACACAGCGCUGCAGAGAUUCAUUAUUCCCGGAGGGGGGAAAUAAUUUAUUUGAGAUAAAUUUUCUCUUUGCCAUGUCUGUGGAUGACUUUCUCACUGAAUUAUGAAUAGCUAAAGAUGAUGUUCGAGUUCUCGUCAUGUGUCUUUCCCCAAAGGCUUCUCCUGUUUCAUUCUCUGUGUUUCAUUCUGGAAAUAAGAGGGAAUAAAAGGAAAAAAUGGAUUUUUAGUUUCAGCCCUUGAGGAGCGCUACAGGUCUGGAUAUUUUGAGUUCCACUUUGCAUUUUUCUAGUUCCAGUUUUGAGGGUUUUGUCCCCCUGACUUCUGGGUAUUUAUGGGGUUUGGCACGUCUGGAUGCGUAUGUGUCAUCUUUUGGCAUUUACAUCUCUGGGGAGUAAAGGAAGGUUUUUUUCCUCUGUCAAGUGCCACUUUUAACGUGCUUUGGCCGAGGUGUAAUUCUGGCUGUAUGUUGGACUGUGACACUGAAUUAAAUGGUUGGUGGUGUUCCGCUUCUGGAUGCUUUCUGUACAGCUGCACACAGCAAAGUGCAGCAGUUCCUUACCCAAAAUGUUCUGUGCUGGGGUUGUGCUCCUGAUCGCUGCAUCUCCCUGGCAGCUCUGCUCCCUCCUGGCUUUCCCACCUCGUUGGCCUCUGUAGCCCCAGCUAGGAGCUUGGUAUAGAAUUAGCCUGGAGAAUUAGUGCCUCGUUUGCUUUUCUCUGGAACUGCUGGGUUUGACGCCUGUGCUCAUUCAUGGAUCUCAGCCAGAGCAGCUCUGCUGGCCCUGAGCUCCCAGGUGUGAGCACAUGGGGUUGGAUUUGGGGCUUUGCCAGCUUUUGCUUUGCAGAGAGCUGGUGCCAUUGGUUCUGGGGUGGUGGUGACCAGGUGCCAGCAUGACUCAGUGCCGUCCCCGUCAUCCUUUAAGAGAAGAACUUGAAUCCCAGGGCUGUGCAAUUCCCAAAUCCCUGCAAUUCCUGCUGCUUCCAAGUGUGGCUGCGAGCCGAACUCAGUGUCCAGCUCACUUGUGGUCUGCACCCAUGGGAGCAGCCUGGUAUUUCCCAUCAUUUGGAAAUGAUUUUCCAUCGUUAUCAGAUAACACAGCAUCCUUCUGAUUUGUUUCACCAGCCUGCAGGGAUGGCCCCCCCGGCUUGCUGUCAAUGCAGCUAUUGUUUGAUUGCUGAUUACGCUGAGCGAGCCCAGCCCUGGUGGAAAGUCCUUUAUAGAAAGAGGAUCUUGAUAAGAGACUCAGAUCUGCUUUGUCCCAGCCGGGGGCAGGCAGUUAAAAAGCAAAUAAUGUGGACAAACAGGGAAAAGAUUUCCAGUGCCGUUGGUGAUGCACACAUCCACAUGGUAUGAGGGGCUUAAAGAGAGGAUUUCAGGAGUGCAUCCUUGUUAUUAGGCGGCUACAAUUCUGCUUAACCCUUUCACCCCACACUUUCACCCCAGCAAAGAAGUUGUCAGCCCUGGACGUGGGCUGCGGGGUGACCUCAGGCUGCUCAGAGCCCUCUGCUUCAGCUGCCAAACCCAGAAACAAGAGCCAGGAAGGGCCCAACACCAUGGGAGCAAUGCUGAGGACACCUCUGGCCCUGGAGGCAGCUGCUGGGGGAAUGCCACAGGUCGUCCCUGCUGUAAGCAAUGCUGACUCGGUUUCUGGCGGAGCAGUCACAGCCCAGGAGCUCCUCAGCAGCUCUGAAACAACGACUGCGUUCAUCUGGAAACUGCUCCAGCAGUUUGGAGAAUUCCACCUUCUCUCCCAGCCCCGCUCUCUCCAGCUGCCCUCCAAGACUGUGUCCUUUAUCCUUUGGCGAAGGCGUUGAGUUUGACCCUUUACCACCAAAGGAAAUAAGGUACACCUCCUCAGUUAAAUACGACUCAGAGAAGCACUUCAUCGACGACGUCUACAUGCCCGUGGGCUUCAGCGUUUCCUCCUGCAGCCAAACCAUCGUCUGCGUCCCCGACUGCACGUGGCGCAGCUACAAAGCCGAGCUGCGCUUCCAGCCCCGCAACAAAGCCCAGCGCUUCACCAGCACCACCAUCGUCUACCCGAAGCACGCCAGGACUGUGUACACCACCACCCUGGAUUACAACUGCCGUAAAUCCCUGCGGCGUUUCCUCUCCAGCGUCGAGCUGGAAACCUCCGAGUCCUUCGGGAGCGACUGCGUCCUGGAUGGCUGCUGAGCGGCGGCCGUCCCCGCUGCUCCAAUCCAUCCCGGUCCCGUCUCACUGCGCUAUCGCCUCUCUGUUUGCUGCGCUGGGUGCAGAGCCCACCUUUGCAGUCCCAACCUCUCGCUCAGCUCCUAUUCCUGCUUUCAGCGUCACAACGGCCCAGAAGGUGGUUUUCAGCGGGGGCGUAACUCAGUGAGGGAUUUCUUUGCCCUUAAAGGGUUCCCUCCCCCCGCCCCGCAGUGCAGAUGGGAAGAAGGGGAAGCGUUUUCCCAGAGAAAAUAUAAUAGAAUGUGGGAUAGCAUUGGGCUGGGGGAGGCGUACCGCAUGCUUUGUGGGGACGUGCAGAGAUGAGGGCAGUUCACUCUUGCAGACAAACCACCGGGUCGCUGGGUUAUGUACAGCCAGAGCUGUCAUUCACUUUGGGUCGGAUCAUGGGACUCUCCUCUGCAAGAACGGCUUUCCAGCUGCUGGAAAGGACUAACAGAAAGUCUGGGAUGCUGUAACGUUAUCCAAUGGCAUUCGUGUCUGCUCUGAAGGUGUGAUUUGGAGGGAAGUGUAGAGCAGGAGAGAAACUGCAUUUGCAGCUCCAGGCAGCAGAGGAGGGAUGAGGACGGGGCAGCAGCCUGGGCUGCAGGGAACCGCAGGAGAGUUGUGGAGCCAAAGGGAACAACUUCAGGUGCAAUGGCAGCUCUCAGCCUGCAUCUGAUGAGGAUUUAGUGAGUUAGAGAGCCGGGAGCCUGUCCUGGAGCUGUGCUCACGGUGUGUGUGUGUGCACGUGGGGUGAGUGGUGUGGAAGUGAACUUCAGCAUGAACCCAUCUGGGAGGCUGCAGCAGGGAAGCAGGCGUGAGUUGGUGCGGUUUGUUUUGUCGUCCUUUUGCUUUUGCACUUAUUUAUUAGCUCGGAACAGAACGUCCUUCAUCUUUGCUUCACGUAACCGAACCCCAGAACAGUUCCAGGGUGGCACAGGUUCAGGUGGGCUCUGGAUGCUCCGGGACGAAGGGUGUUGUCCAGGUGUUGUCAUUGAACACAUCGGCUUCAGACGAUGCUAUUUAGGGGACGCAUCUUAAAUCCACGCCGUGACGGUCCCUUAAGCACCACCCCAGGGCCCACCCGUGCACGAGGCGGCCCGACCCGCUUUUUAUGAAGCAAGCCGAUGCCUUUUAACGUCUUUUAAUUAGCAGGGAUACUUUUCACGUUAUUUAUGCUCCAACGUCUGCAAAGCUCUGGUCAGCUCUGUGCAAGCGCUCUGACGGCCCUGGAGUUCCCCCCCCCCCUCCUUUUCAGUUGUCUUUUACUUCACUGAUGAUAAACUACCUGAAAAGCAGAACGCGGGGAGGCCUCGUCGUCUUUCAGUCCUUUUUUUCACUCAAAGCUUUUCUGUGGUUAUUCUGGUGUUUGCAUAGAAAUAAAUACAUCGUCUGCCCCCCA